UGAAUCAGGACACUAUAAAAGGAACAUGAGAGGCUGUGAGGAUGACAGAGCAAGAGCUGGAAACAAACAUCAGUGAAGAAUGAAGGCUUUAGUAUGUAUACCGCUGCUGUUGGAAACCUUUGUGUUUGUCGUCCAGCAGCAGGUAGAUGGAGGACUCAAUGAGAAUGAGAUCAGUCAACAGAUCAGCUCUGAGGACGGAAGACAGAAUCCACCUCAAACAGACACUUUGAGAGCUGAAGCUUCAACUGACAGACAACAAUACUGUGAUCUGGGCAUCCCUGACAUCCAUACAGCACUGAGAGAACUGACCGCCACCGUUACAGAGCAGAAAGAAAACAUUAGAGCUUUAGAGACGCAACUAAGAGAACAACAGACGUUUAUCCUGGAAGAGCUGAACAAGAAAAAUGAUGAAAUUUCAAAUCUUACUUUGGGUCAAGUGGAGUUGAGAAAGGAAAAUAGAGACAGAGAAAUAGCUUUUUCAGCUGCACUGAUGAAAUCUGGAAGUGGAUAUACUGGUCCUUUUACCACUGAAACGACACUAACCUACAAGAACGUCUUCACAAACAUAGGGAACGCCUACAACCCACUUACAGGUAGUUUCACAGCACCACUGAAAGGAGCGUAUAUGUUCAGAUUCUCUGUGCGUGGUGAUGGCGGAACUGCAGCUACUGCAACCAUUUUUAAGAAUGGAAAGCGUGUGGUUAUAGCUCAUGAUAAUCAGGCUCAGGGUGUGUUAAGCUCCUCAAAUGGAGUUGUGUUGAUCCUGGAGGUUGGAGAUGUUGUCUAUGUGAGACUUUGGUCUGGCAGGAGGAUAUUUGAUAGCCAGAAUAACUUCAACACUUUCAGUGGUUUCCUACUGUUUCCCUUAAAAUAACAGGAGAUUUGAAGAAUGUGAUUCUAAUAAUUCUGAACCUUCAGUGCAUGAUUUAAGAUGAAAAUUAUGAAGAAUCAAUAACAUAUGAACCUGUAUUAAUGAGGACUAAUGUGCGUAAGAAAUUUUCAAUAGAUUACUGUAUAAAGUCAGUAUAAUACACUAUAAUCAUGAGUUCUGAUCUAAAUAUUUUUUAUUUUAUAUUAUUUGUUGAAUUUUUUUAUGAUAAAUAAUACAUUUAAGUGUGUAUUGUUACUGAUCAUUGAUCUGUAUCUCUUCA